AUGAAUGAUAAAGUAUCCGUGGAAAUUUCAUGUCAAAGGUUCACUUUCCAUGAAGUGACAAGGUUGAUUGGGAGAGAAGGGCAUUUACAAAGUAAAUACAAAACCAAGGUUUUUGAUUUAUUACCAGAUAAUUUAAAUAAGGAUUCCGUAAACGUAGUGACUUCAGGUGAAUCUGAUUCAAUUAGUUGCAGUUCAACGUUUGAUGUGACCUCACAGAUUGAAAGAAAGCUGCCUACCCCUAGUCAUUCAAAUAAUGAGUUGGAAAUAUCUCUUCUUCAAAAGAAUAAACCGUCAGAUAAGACUUUGAAUCCUAUUUCAAAUUGUAAAACACGUCAGAUGGAUAUUUUUAAUUCUGAGAGGAAAAAGGUUACAAUAACUGAUCCAUGUGAUAAAUUAACUCGAGAUAUUCAAUUGAAAGCUGAAAAGAUACUUUCUGAUUUACGUUCAGUUCCACUAAAAUAUGCUGAUAAAAUAAAUAAAACACGUGGAGUAAAGAGUUUGGAAAAUGUAUUGCUACAAGAAAAAGAAGUUGAAGAUGAUGUAAGUGAUGGUGGCGGAGGUGGCAGUAAUGAUAUAAACGACGAUAGUGAUGAUUUGCUGAAUGAACUUCCGAAAAGAAAAUUUCCGCGAAUUUCAGGUCAAUUAAAUCGAAAGCAAUUGAAUUCACCAGAAAAACAGUUAAACAUGUACAAAGAUUAUGAAAAUAUACGUCAGAAAACAGAUUUACUUAAAAUGCGAUGUGAAAUGUUGCAAACUUAUUUAACUUUCUUAGAAGCACGUAAACAAUCAUUGCAAGAUGCUAUCACAGAUAUGGAACGAGAAUAUACUAAAAAUCAACAAAUUCAAAAUAAUCUAAAUGAAAAUCAGUUGAAAUUUGAUUCGAGACAAUUCGAAGAGAUACUUGCUAAUCAAAGUAUUGCGUUAGCCAGGGAAAAAGAACAGUCCACUCAACUUCGAUUAAAAUAUGAAUCUGCUGAGGCAGCACGUUUUGCAUUGAAUCAACAGCUUCAAUUAACUUGCUCUGAAUAUGGUGCUGAUAAGACAUUUUAUCUAAAACAGAUUAAACAGUUGGAGCAAGAAAUCGAAGAACGUAUUAAUAAGGCGAAUGAUGUUAAAAAGGAGAAUGAACAGUUACAACAAGAGGUGUUGGAUUAUAAGCGACAGAUAACUUCGUUGAGAAAUGAAAUGAAGGAUAAAGAAUUUGAAAUGACCAUUGUCGGCCAGUGUUAUGAUCAGAAAUGGAAAGAGGAAAAUGAAAAGCAUGCUCUGGAGAUAAUUCGAUUACAAAGAGAGAUAACUGAUCUAUCUGUUGGGAAAUCAAAAGAGGCUGCCGAGUACGAGUGUGAAAUUGAUACACUUAACAGUCAAUUACGAACAACUCACAAUAAAGUUCAUGAUUUAUUAUCUGAGAAAGAAGAUCUUUGUAAACAACUACACGAAGUCAAUCAUAAAUUGAAUAUCAGCAGUCAAGAAAAAGAUGAGUUGCAAAAGAAAUCUGAAGCUGACCUAUCGAAAAUAAAAAAGGAGAAAGAAACAGAAUUUGCCCAAAUUCAAACUAACUUACACGAAAAAACUGAAAAGUUGAAGACAGAAUUAAAGGAUGUAGAGUCUCUGAACAAACAAUUAACGUGUUAUAUUGACACACUAGAAAGCUGUAUCCAGAAUACAACUAAAAACAAAUCUUCUAAUCAGUUGGUACAGACUGAUAUUCAGGUUAUCCCAGUGGGAUUCAGGAGAGCAAGUAUAAUACAAGAGAACACGAAAAGCAGUUUAACUCAGCCUACCCAAAUUUUGGGUGCUCCAAUCACUGGUGAAUAUACGAAACAGAAAUUGAAUAAUUUAAUAAGCUUUGAAAAGUCAACGAAUACUACUACUGAUCAACUUAGUGUCAUUCCGAACGCUCCUCACGUACGUUCUAUGAAGGAAAAAGAGUAUGAAAAAAUUAUCGACAGCUAUGAACACAAGUUAUCUCAGAUGCAGUUACGCAUACAUCAAUUGUGUCAUGACCAUGAUUCAAUAAUCCAUUUGUUUAAUAACACUGCACACGGAAUCGUAAAGUUUGGAAAUCGGGAAUGUACUCGUUUCAGUAAAUUACUGAAUAUAUCUAAUCACGAUAUUGAAUUUCCUACACAAAGAGUUGAUACACCUUUUCCAAUGAAGAAAUUACAAGAAAAUGGAAAAGUAAUGAACUUAUCAGAGAGCAGUUUAAUCGCUAAAAGCUGGAUUAAUCCAAUGGUUGAAGUGAUUGGUAAAUUGUCAGCUUAUUGCAUAAGAAUAUGUGAUUUAGUUGAGUCGCAACAGGAACAUUUAGAAUGGCAAUCUGAAAAUUUAAAUGAACUUCGCGAUAUUACACGAAAACAAAUUGAACUCCAAAACAAGCAGCUCAUUAAAACACGUAAAGCUAAUUUGAAUCGUUUAAGAAACUGUUUAAAACAAAAGCAGAACAAUCCUUCAUUGAAUGAAUUAUCUGUAUUGGUAUGA